UCUAUUAUGCCACCACCUUUACAAGAGGUUGAUGAUACAACAUUAAGAAGAUCAACAAGAAUCAGAAAGCCUGCAAUUUUUAGUGACUAUGUAGUGUAUCUUGCUGAGUCUGACUAUGAUGUUUGUUAUGAAAAUGACCCAACGACGUUUUCACAAGCAAUGAAAAGUCGUAAUUCCAAUUUACGGCUAGAUGAUAUGAAGGAUGAAAUGAAUUCUAUGGCGGAUAACCAAGUUUGGGAUCUUGUAGAAUUGCCUGAUAGGGAAAAGGCCAUUAGCUGUAACUGGGUCUUUAAAACCAAGAAGGAUUCAUCAGGCAAUAUUGAGCACUAUAAGGCUCGACUUGUUGCCAAAGGAUUUACUCAAAGGGAAGGAGUUGACUACAGGAAAACCUUUUCUCCUGUUUCAAAGAAAGACUCUUUUCGUAUCAUUAUAGCAUUGGUAGCACACUUUUGACAUGGAAUUGCAU